AUGGCGGGUUUGUGGCGUGAGAAACUGCUUUCGGGCGUCAUCCUUCGAGACAUCUCGGUCAACAGUGCUUUAACAGAUACUUGUCAUCUUUUGGCGUCUAUCAAGCGUCAGAUGGAUCGGUGCACUGUCCACAUUCCUCACAGUCAAUCUCACUUUGAUCUCAGGUCCACUCUACGACAGAGGGCGGUUCUUGGUCAGUUCUACUUGGUUUUUAUGGUCCAGGGUGUCCUUGUUUGGACUAGGAUGGGCCUGACGUACGCUCCCAGCAUUGCGGUGACCUCUCAGCGCUUCUCCAAAAGAUGCACAUUGGUGAUGUCUCUCGUUACAUCCGGUACACCACUUGGUGCCAUGAUUCGUCCGAUCAUGCUCAAUUACCUUUUUAACGCCACUGCUGGCUUUGCGAGAGGCGUCCGCGUCAGUGCGGGUUUUCUUCUCUUCAUCCUCAUGACCGUUGGGAUUAUUCUCUUCAUCGUCAAUUCUCAACUUGAUUUAGCUCGUUUCAUUGGACGCUGCACGAUAGGCCUCAUUGCAGCAUAUACGGGGGUGUUGAACUUGGCGAUCAUAUCUACUGUCACAUGCAGUGCCGUUAUCAUAUCCAUGAUAGCUCUGAGUGACAUGGCCAGUGUAGUUGUAUUAGGACUCACAUAUGCUUGUGUAUUGUCUGGACUAACUAUUAUCCAAGUCAUUGCGCUUGUGGUCCCAUUGCUAACUGUAUUGACGCCUAACUUGUCGGAGCUAGGGGCGCGAGUGGGCAUAUGCUUUGCUUUCACUGAGCGCGAAUGGUCAGCCGUUGGUGGAUUACUUGGCGGCCCAACAUCAGGCGCUGUGCUUUCAUCUCAACACAAGUGGUGGAUACCGUCGCUCUUCAGUGGGGCGAGUAGUUGGCGUGCAUUUGCGUAA